GGGAAGAAAGACUUGGUAAUAGAGCCAGAACUCAUGAGGCCUUUGGACAGGGUAGCAGGAGCAUCUUUGCUGAAGGAACAUGGUGUGGAGAAAAUCUUCAAGCUUGAUCCGUCUCAGAGAGCAUUGUCAGGAUGUGAACAGCGUCUAUAUUUAGUGCGUCCACAAAUGACGACUAUGAAGUACAUUGCAAAUCACGUUCUGUGUGAAAGAGAAAAACAUGAAAGAAGAUCUUACAAGAUCUUGUUCGUCCCCAAAAAGAUGCAUGUGUGUGAAAUGAUCCUGGAAACAGAAGGGGUCCUGGGAUAUGUCAGUCUGGAUUGCUUCCCUUUAGAUCUGAUCCCUUUAGAUGUUGACCUCCUCUCAAUGGAGUUGCCAGAGUUUCUUCGCACAUUUUAUAUGGAUGGAGACCAGGGUAGUUUACAUUCUGUAGCCCAGUCCCUAGUCAACCUACAGUCACUGUACGGUGUCAUACCUAAUGUAUAUGCCAUUGGUAAAGGUUCAAGGAUGGUAAAUGAACUGGUAAAGACAAUGCUGUCUAGUAUGACGGAGCCAUCCCUCCCCCGCAAUGAGAUUGAUUCCAUGGUGCUGAUUGACAGAGAUGUGGAUUUUGUGACGCCUCUGUGCUCUCAACUGACUUAUGAGGGACUUCUAGAUGAAACAUUUGGCAUACACAGUGGAUUUAUUGAGUUUGACCGAGCUGUGACAGGAAAAGACCAGCCUGUGAAACUUCUGUUGACAAGCCAUGAUGAGCUUUACAAUGAAGUCAGAGAUAGGCAUUUCUCAAAUGUCUUUGGUUUCCUGAGUUCGAAAGCUAAAGAAGUCCAAACUGGAUAUGACAAACGUCAUGAUCUAAAGUCUGUGGGAGACAUGAAAACCUAUGUAGCAAAUGAGUUGAAGGGGCUUAAACAGAAACAUAAACAUUUGGUUUAUCACAUAGGAGCUUGUGAAAUAAUCAUGAACAAGAAGACCAAAGGAGAUUUUGAGGACUAUCUGAGGACAGAACAUUGCUUGCUGGAGGGAUCUGAUAUAAGGGAAAAUAUCAACUACAUUGAGGAAUGCAUAAAUAGACAGAUGAAUGCUCUUUCCAUACUGCGACUGCUCUGUUUGCUGUCUCAAACCCAGGGUGGACUUCUGCCCAAAGACUACAAGUCACUGAGAGCCCAGUUCCUUCAUAGCCAUGGUUUUGAGCACCUGUUAAAUUUUUUCAACUUGAAGAAGCUGGGUUUGCUCUGUGAGCAGGAAGUGGGACCCUCUGGGGGAAUGCCCUUAGGGAAGAUGGCCUCUUCUAUGGGCAAACGCAGUGUCUUCCAGGCUGUCAGCAAGAAAUUAAACUUGAUACCACGGAUGGAGGACAUAAAUCUGAAGAGCCCAGUUGAUAUGUCGUAUGUGUUCAGCGGAGCUUUUACCCCAUUGUCUUGCAAAUUGGUAGAACAGGUACUGACUCGUGAAGGUUUUGCUGGUUUGGAAGAGACCACGAGGAGUUUACCUGGAGGGACUUUUGCCAGCGUGAGAAAUCCAUCAGGGAAAGGUAAGGGAAGUCCUAUGCCAGCUACUAAAUCUUCAGCCUCCAGGGUUGUCCUGGUGUACUUCCUGGGAGGCUGUACGUUUUCCGAGAUUGCUGCUCUUCGUUUCCUUGGCAGACAGAAAGGUUACAGAUUUCUGGUGGCCACUACAUCGCUCAUCAAUGGCAAAACCAUGCUGGAGAGUCUUCUAGAACUGUGAAGCUGCAAAUAUAUGUUGGGGCAUUGUCUGUGAUAUUUGUGGGAGAUUUUUACACGAUCAUCUAACUUGUCAGCGACUCUAAAACUAUUUUAGACCUACCGUGACUCAAUCUGUUUGAUCUUCUCAAGGCCGGAAUCCAUUCAUUCAUUAUUUUAUAAAUACAAGUGCUGUGUAAGUAAGAACAAAAUAUAUAU